CUUCUUCAUCCUGAGUAGCUUCAGAUCUUAUAAGAAUUAAAAAGUGAAAGAAGGUUUGAAAGAUUGAAUUUGAAUGGCGACAACCAUCAUCACUUGUGGUGUCACCACCACCGCCACCACCGGCCUUCCAAAAUCUCACAAUUUUGAACCUUUCUCCUCCUCCGCCACUAACUCCACCCUAUCCCUACCAACCCUCACCACCGUCAAUGGGCGUUUCUCCGCCGCUAACCGGAGGUAUCUCACUUCCGGCAGCCCAUUAUCUCUAUGUCAUACCAGGUCAAAGAUGGAGUUCGUAGUCUAUGCUGGUGAUCAAGUCGGAGAUCUCCUCCCUCUUGGAAUUCAUCUACCUGAUUCUUGGCCAGCAUGGAUUCCUGGAUUUCUCUUUGCUGUAAUCGUACCAUUUUUCACAAAUAAAUGGGGUCCGUUUGCAAAAUUUAAAGAGGAGUUGGACAAGGUGGAGGUGGCGGUGGAUAGCGUGGCGGAUCGAGUAGAAGAGAUAGCGGAGAAGGUGGAGAAUUUUGUCGAUGAUAUAGCCGAUGAUUUGCCAGAAGGUAGUGCGUUAAGACAAACAUUGGAAAAGGUUGAAAGUGUUGCCGAUAGAAUAGGCAAAGACGCUCAUAUGGUCUCUGAUCUUGUUGACAAGAUGGAUGAAAUGGAAGCAAAGGUGGAGAAUAUGUUCAACAAGACAAGUGAAGGAAAUGGUCCUCCAAAAACAAGUGACGUGAAUGCAAAAGUGAAGCCACCACAAUCGACAAAUUUAUGAAUAAAGUAAAAGUACAGGGACCAUACUUGUACAACUUUAAUUAUUGUGUUCGUUAGUACAAAUUGACGGUAAAAAUCGGAAAAUAUUGUUUUACAUCUGUUAGGUUUCUGUUUCGUUCCGAUUUGUUUCAUUUGUUGUUGAUGACGCUUAAUUAGAAAUGAUUACAUUUUUUUGUAUCU